UUCAAGCAAACGGACGGUCUGCGCCCAGCGAGGGUCGCCACGAAACUAUCUGAGGCGCGACUUGCGAUCCCACGCGAGUGUCCACCACGAAAUGUUACUCGGUGCGUUGUCGUUAUCGUUAUCCUUGCCGCUGUCGUUGGUCCUGCCGCUGUCAUUUGCCGGAUUUUGGCAGACCUCGCCAAAGUUGUGAGCGAGUGAAAGUUUUGUGCAUUUGUCGUGCGGCGACUUCGGUUUACCAUUACUCUAGCUGCAUUUCGCAUUUGCGUGCUUAAUUUGAAAAGGAAGGCGAGGCAGAAGGAUUUUCCCAACCAUGGUCGAGCCUCACCGGUUGCCACGCCCACGGAACCGGUUCCGCCCACGGCCGCAGGCCAAUGUCCGGCGUUUGGCCACCGCGCUAAUAAUCACCGCCGCGGUUUCCAUGCUGAUGACAGCCACGCCCACUGUGGCCGAGAUCCCCGCAAAGGGCAAACACACGCGCCUGGACAGCCAACAGACGGCACAGGAAGAUUCGGACUUUCCGCGAUUCGCGGAACCCAUUGCCAAUGUCACAGUUUCCGUGGGUCGAGAUGCUCUGAUGGCCUGCGUGGUGGAGAACCUAAAGGGAUACAAGGUGGCCUGGGUGCGGGUGGACACACAGACCAUUCUGUCCAUUCAUCACAAUGUUAUCUCUCAAAACAGCCGCAUCAGCCUGACCUACAAUGACCAUCGAUCGUGGUACCUACACAUCAAAGAGGUGGAGGAAACGGAUCGUGGGUGGUACAUGUGCCAAGUCAACACAGAUCCCAUGCGCUCCAGGAAGGGCUACUUGCAGGUGGUGGUUCCACCGAUGAUUGUCGAGGGUCUGACCAGCAAUGACAUGGUGGUUCGCGAGGGUCAGAAUGUUUCUCUCGUUUGCAAGGCACGUGGCUACCCAGAACCCUAUGUCAUGUGGCGUCGCGAGGACGGCGAGGAGAUGCUAAUUGGCGGGGAGCACGUCAACGUGGUCGACGGCGAGCUGCUGCACAUCACCAAAGUGAGUCGCCUGCACAUGGCCGCAUAUCUGUGCGUCGCCUCCAACGGAGUCCCGCCUUCGAUUAGCAAACGGGUCCAUCUGCGAGUGCAAUUUCCUCCAAUGCUCUCGAUUCCAAAUCAGCUGGAGGGAGCUUAUGUGGGCCAAGAUGUCAUACUAGAGUGUCACACUGAGGCCUAUCCUGCAUCGAUUAAUUAUUGGACUACAGAACGUGGAGAUAUGAUUAUUUCUGACACCUCGAGGGCUGGCGAUAAAUACGAGACCACAUCAACCGUCAGCGGUUACACCAAAUACAUGAAGUUAAAAAUCCGUGCCGUUGGCCCAAACGAUUUUGGGACAUAUCGCUGCGUGGCCAAGAAUUCGCUGGGCGAAACUGAUGGAAAUAUAAAGCUGGAUGAAAUGCCAACACCAACAACAGCUAUUAUUUCAGAGAUGUCCUUGCUGAACCGCAGCUAUGAUGGCAAGAGACGUCAUAGAAAUAAAUUUGACUCGGCUAACGCUUUGCCUGAUUAUGGGGUUGAGGAGUGGCGUGACGGUGCCCAAGGCAACCAUGCUGGGAACAAUGGCGAUAACAAUCAAACGCCCGUGCGUAAUCCGCCCGGAGCAUUUCACAAUUCUGCAGGCUCACUGGCGCAGCAUAAUCUACUUGCUAAAAUAAUGCUCGGCAUUAAAACGCAAUCAUUUGGGAUUUUCAAACGUUUAUCGAGUUCUUUGCCGACGGCGACGGCAUCGGCGGAUGGUUUACUCUGGCUGUCGACGCUUUCGUUGGUCUCGCCAAGUCGGUGGCGUAUGAGUAAUAUGGAAAACCAGCCGAAUUCACUGGAGACCGUUGUCAACAACGAUAUCGCCGCUGGAUGCUGGGAGAGCAGAAGUCAUUGUGGGUACACCAGCAGCAGCAGCAGCAGCAGCAGCAACAAAAAUAACAACAACUACAACAAGAACAUGAGCAACAUUUCCGGCAGCAGCCCACAAAUGUGGGCGCGGCAAUCGCGCAUAUUUCACAUUUCUCAUACGCCGUGUGGCGCGGCGGCGUCAACGCAGCACUCGAAAUGCCAACGCCUAUGCGAACGCCGGUGGCAAUGGCUAUGGAAGUGGCAGAGGCAGUGGCAGUGGAAACGGCAACAUCAAUGGCACUGGCCAAUGCUCAUUUGCAUAGUAAUAUUGGCUGGCUGUUUUGUUCAGUGGCUGCCAAUGCUGCUGCAUUUUAUCGGUCGCCACAUCGGAACAUUUUCUAUUAGCGCGACGCAUAGGCAACAUUUAAUGUGCACAUUUUGGGCCACUCGUGGUAAUAAGGUUGUCGCCAAAAACACCUCCCCAGCCAGUCAAAGCCCGCUGGCAGUGCUCUGUCCUCGAAAGUUUUCAAGAUGAAAUCAAAUAAUUGCAAAGGCAGAGCGAAACUCAUUUAGGGCACAAGCAGCUUGAAGAAUAAAAUCAAACCUGGCCCAGACGACUAGGACCGGGAUAAGGACGAAAGAACGAAAAUAAGGCUAGAAGAAAGUUCAGUCAAGUGCACCGGCGGGAUAUACAUACAAACACACACACACACACACAGUCAGUUAUAGAUAUGUUUAUACUAGAGCGCAAAAUGAAAAUCAUGUUAAGGCCAAGCUGGCCAAGAGUGACAGCUGAUGUGCAGCAAAUAAUGAUCGGAAAUACAUUCGAUGUUCGGCAG